AUGGCGCAGACCGUUCAAUGCUACUUCCUAAGCGGGAGUCCUGAUGUCCCGAACAACAGGCUGCCUGUAUUACACUACCGUGGUGUAUUGCCAGAGCCAUACACAGAAGAAACUGCCACACAAUUUUUAACCUCAAAUAAAUGGGAGAAACGGGGUACUUGGGGUCAUAUUGGAAUUCGCCAUUUUCACCCUAAUAGUCAUGAAUGUUAUGGGGUAUUUAGAGGUCACUCGACGAUGCUUUUGGGUCAAAUUUCCCCCACUGGAGGAAACGGCAUUGAGAUCAACGUCAACACUGGCGAUGUCAUCGUUCUACCCGCAGGCACAGCCCACUCCUCGCUUCGGAGUUCCUCAGACUAUCGCUACAUUGGUGUAUACCCAGAGGGUUGUCCUCGAUGGAGAAACGAGACUGGUAAAAAGCCGGCCACAAACUUCACACAGGAUAUUAAAGCAGUAGGAAUGCCAGAGAUGGAUCCUGUCUAUGGUUCUGAGGGUCCACUGAUGAAACUCUGGGAGAAGCCCGUUCUUUCUAAACUGAUUUGA